AACCGAGAACUAUCAUGAGGGCGAAAAUAUCGGUAAAAACAUUUAACGGGUGGGGUAGAUCCUGGACUAUGCUCUAGCUAUGGACAACAAGAACGAAUCUGCAUGGAAUUUGAUUGCUCCAUGGUUACAAGUAGAAGAAUACUCGAAUCUGGUACGAACAAAUCUGCUAAACGAAUAGCUAUGAAGCUGAUUCACCGAGAUUCGAUCUCUUGUUCGCCGCAUUCCAGCCCCAAGGCUCAAUCUCGAGUCACCCUCGAAGACCAUAUCGAUCAUUUGAUGAAUAUUUCAUCGGCAAGGUUGAUGUACCUUUGCGAUAAGAUCGAUGGCAAAGGAUUGGGUGAGAGCGAUUUCCAAGUCGAUAUCAAAAGUACGAUCCAAACAUCGAUGUUCUUCGUCAACUUCUCGAUCGGACAGCCUCCAGUUCCUCAGUUCAGCCUCAUGGACACUGGAAGCUCUCUGCUUUGGGUUCAAUGUCUCCCCUGCAGAUACUGCCCUGAUCAGACAAGCCCUUUGCUCGAUCCCGCAAUGUCUUCCACGUUCGUUAACUGUCCCUGCCACGAUCCCUUCUGCCGGUACGCUCCUAACUCCCGCUGUGGCUCGGCCAACGAGUGUCUCUACGAGCAGGUUUACAUAAAUGGUGGUGGGUCGAGAGGCGUGCUCGGUACAGAACGGUUAACAUUCACAACUCCGACCCGAGACACUGUCGUUGCUCAGAAUGUUGUCUUCGGUUGUGGCCACGAUAAUGGGGACCAGAUGGACACGGAGUUCACGGGUGUCAUGGGACUAGGCUCUAAACGAACAUCUCUAGCCGUACAGCUUGGGUCCAAAUUCUCAUAUUGUAUCGGCGAUCUAACCGAUAAGGACUAUAGCUUCAAUCAACUAGUUCUAGGUGAGGAAGCCGAUAUUCUUGGGGAUCCAACACCCAUUGAGACAAAAAGUGGCAUCUACUUUGUGAACGUAGGAAGCAUCAGUGUCGGGUCAAGACAACUAGAGAUUGAACCGGGGGCGUUCACAAGAAGAGGGCCGAGAACAGGGGUGAUACUCGACUCGGGCACACUAUUCACAUGGCUUGCAGAUUCAGCCUAUAGGGAACUCUACAACGAAAUCAAAACCCUUUUGGAUGGGCAGCUAGAGAGAUACUGGUACAGAGACUACUUAUGCUACAACGGGAGAGUGACUGAAGAUCUGAUAGGUUUUCCGACCGUGACAUUCCGUUUUUCAGGGGAGGCUGAAUUGGCAUUGGAGGCUACGAGCUUGUUUUACCAGAUGCCGAAAUCCGAAGCGUAUCAGGAUGUAUUCUGCAUGGCAAUAAGGCCAACCAAAGAUCAAGGAGUACAAUUUAAGGAUUUCACAGCUAUUGGACUAAUGGCUCAGCAGUACUAUAAUAUCGGUUACGACCUCAAAGAUCAAAAGCUUUAUCUCCAGAGAGUCGACUGCGUACUCCUAAACGACUAUUCACCGUCAUGAUUUGUGUAUUUUGAUGAAAGUUCCAAAAUUUAGCUCAUUUUCAAAGUGACAAAACAUUGGUAAAGAUCGUGUUGUAUUGUUUGUUCAUUAAAAAAAAAGAUACUCAUCUUGUUCUU